UAUAUAUAUCCACAUAUAAACAUAAUAAAAGUACAAAAAACUAGGCCCGCUUAAUCUCCGCUUAAUCCCCCAUUUUUUGGUAACUUGCUAGGCCCGGAAUUGCCGCCUGACUAGCGCCUAGCGUAGUUUCAAACAGGGGUAAAAAUAUAAAACUUUUAGAGAAUUUCUACUCCAUACACACCAAAUAUCCCCUAUUUGCACUCCAUACCCUAUAUCCCUCCAAUUUUCUUCCCCCCAUCAUUAUCAUUUUUCCCCAUUUAUAUGGUAUCCCACCCUUUUAAAUAUAUUGAGCUAAUUUGCUCAAACUUUUAUAUCGGAUUUACAUGACUAAUAUAUAAGAGAUUUGAAUUAAUCCAAUUAUUAUCAAUUGGUUUUAAAUGUAAAACCAUGAUAAAUUCUGACUUGAUCCCAGUAAAUUUAAACAUUGGAAUGACCCUAGUUUAUCCAUGUUUAUAGUUUGUAUAUGUAUUAAUGUAAUUAUAUAAAACAUGCCAUACAUUGAAUAAGAGAAAAUGAUAUUAAAAAUUGGUAUAUAAAAUUAGUACAAAAUAAACUUCUAAAUCUGUUUCAUAUUUAUGAUUUAUACAUACAUAAAACUAAUAGUAAAACUAAAAUGAAUAAAGUAGUGUUAUCAAAUUAGAUUAUUUUUUAUUCUACAAUUAUUUAAGUUGAUAUUUAUAUAUAUAUAUAUGUAUAUAAUUUUGAUGUGAAAAUUAUCAGUUAAUUUUUUAUUUAUUUGAAUUGGAUUCCCGAUUUCUGAAAAUCGGUUAUGUCUAAAGAGAAACAAUUGUCAGUCGAAACAGCUUGAGAGAGAGGGAGAGAUAAACGGGGGGGGGGGGGAUGCUAGAGAGAAAAUUUUGGUAAUUUUCAAAAUUCAAAUCCUAAGGAUAAAAACUAAUCAAUGAUUUUUUUUAUAACCAAUAUUUUAUUGAUAUUUACUUGAGUGUAUAUAAUUCUCAUUUAGAGGAUUAGUAAUCACUGUUGGUACAAAAUUAAAUUUUUAUUUGGAAUAUUAGAUUUUGCUAACGUAUCAGCCACUUGUUUUGCGUUUCUUCCCACCCAAGAUAAUGUACAUUCUUCAAAAACUUUAGCAUCCACCAUCUUAUCUCUCUAAUCCAAUUGUAGGCUCCAAAAUGUGGCUCUUGAUCAAUGAUUAUAAGUGAAAAACAAAGAAGGUGUUUUUAAUGCAAAAUACAAAAUAUUUAGCUUGGGCUUGUUGGGCUCAUAAUGAUCGUUAGCCCAUUUAUACUCUCCUUCUCCGAGAUAUUUUCCCGCCAAAAUGAAUUGGGGAAUUAGGGCUCUUUUUAGUGCCGUGAAAUGUUUGAGAGGAGAGCAAAACCUGUAAAAAGAGUGAGAGAGAGGAGAGAGCUUUGUUAUCCACCAAAGACGACGGAACCUUGCUGCCCACAGUACUCCCUGCUCCGACGUCGACCUCUUAAACAGAGAGGUGAAAGUCGUCUUGUGCUUAUACUUUAUUUGUCUGAUGAUGGAUAUCACUUCGAAAAGGAAAGCUGUUGCAGAGACGUUGAUGAAAGGGACCGGUACUGCAGCAUUUUAUUCUGCUUCUGAUGAAGCUGUUCACUCCCCUCGUUUGAGUUGUGCUGUGAGCGUUGGCGACAAGAGAAAGAGGAACGAGCUUGGUGGGUCUAAUGAUGACGGUGCUGGUCUCAAGUUUAACGACUUUGAGAAGCUGCGGAAAGAAGUAAACUUUUUGGCUGCGCAGACUUGGGCUAUGUAUGAUAAUGUGGAUGGGAUGCCUAGGUUGUAUGCCCGGAUCAGGAAAGUUGCAGCUCCUUCCUUUGAGUUGAGGAUCACGAACUUAGAGCCAGAUCCAGAUGAUGAGAGAGAGAUACUAUGGUUUGAACAAGACUUGCCUGUUUCUGCUGGUCAGUUCAGGCUUGGGAAAAAUGAGGACAUGAAAGACAUUUCGAUUUUCUCACAUGUUAUACACUGCAAGGAAGGAGGCAACACUGGUCAUAUCACUGUUUCCCCAAGAAAAGGAGAGACCUGGGCGUUAUUCAAGAACUGGGAUAUCAACUGGUCUUCAGAACCUGAUUCUCACCGCAGAUAUGAGUAUGACAUUGUGGAGAUCUUGUCUGAUCACGCUGAUGGAACUGGUGUGUCUGUUACCUUCUUGCAUAAAGCAAAAGGCUUUGCAAGUGUCUUCUUUCGAAUGGGAACUGGUGUUGCAGACAUGUUUCGCAUGCCAACUGGUGAUGCAGACACAUUUCGAAUGGAAACUGGUGAUGCAGACACAUCUCAGAUUCCGCCUCAGGAUAUAUAUCAGUUCUCCCACAUGAUCCCUUCCUUCAAAAUGACAGGCUUUGAAGCAAAAGGCUUACCGAAAGAUGCUUAUGAGUUGGACCAAGCUGCGUUACCUGAAAAAGUUGAAGAGAAAGACGUCCCUUCCCAUCUAAUCCCAAGGCCUAAACCAGAAGCUCUGUGCUUUCCGAGUAAGCAUACGGGAAAGGUUUUUCAAACUGGUCAGUUCUGGGCAUUUGGUGGAGAUUACGAUUUCACGCCUCGGUUCUACGGUAGGAUUCAGAAGAUCAUACUAACUCAGGCAUUCGAUGAGGCAGCAGAGUUAAAGAUUCAUGUAUCUCGUUUAAAGGCUACUUCGUUCCCUGAGAAUGUCAUCAAGUGGAAGGACAAGAGAAUGCCUGUUGGUUGUGGAACUUUCUCGGUGCCUAAAAGUUGCUCAAUAUUCUAUCCACAACACCUUACACACCAGAUAUUUCCUCAAACCUCCAUGGAUGGAAAUGAAUUUACCAUUCUCCCCAAGAUUGGCCAAGUGUGGAUGAUUUACAGAGACUGGGUUCCUCACUAUGAUUUGGUAGCACUAGAAGAACACGACUUGGACUUUGAAGUCGUUGAAGUUCUUGAUGACGCCUUGAACUACAAGGUUUUAGCGUUGGAGCGUGCCUUGGGUACUAGUGAAGAGAAAAACUACUUGUUCAGAGCAGCUAAGAGUAGGCCAUCUUAUUGUCAUGAUGAGGAUGGGCCAGGAGUGAUAUUUACAAUCCCACAGUCGAAAAUGCUCAGAUUCUCUCAUCCGCUUCCUGUUUCUCGUGUAACCAAAGAGGUAGAUGGAGAGAUGGAAGUGCUCUUUGAAGUUGAUAAGAAAGCGUUACCUCAUGGCGCAUAAGGAUGUGAGGGAAGGGUUCCGUUUUGUUAGCUUUUUGGUGUUCUUGACUGGAGAUAUAAGAGAGUUUAAACUUAGCCUUUUCUCCAUGGUUGUUCUUUUGUUGGGUUAAAAUCUUGUAUUUCGACAAUGUAGGAAAAGACUUUCUCUAUGUUGUUCGUUA